AUGCUCUGCGACUGCAGACUAUUGGACUUUUCUCAGUCGGACAUCCGUCUCGUGUUCUUUGAUACGGGAUUCGAUGUUACGUCAAGUUUGGCUCACGCUAAUUUGGUGCCGUGUAAAAAUUGUAACAGAACGUUCUAUCCCGAUCGUCUCAUGGUUCAUCUGAAAACCUGCAAACCAUCACAAUCUUCACUCACGAGGAAAUUGGCAAAAUUUGAAGAACUACGAGUACAACAAAAAAGUGCGACCACUCGAAUGGCCAGCCCGCCAGGUUCAAAUCCCAAAGGAAUUCCGUGUAGCGUUUGCGGACGACUUUUUGGAACACAAUCCAUAAAAUUCCACGAACCCCAAUGUUUAAGGAAAUGGCACUUACAAAAUGAUCAUCUACCACCGAAUAAACGGGAACCAAUGUAUAGCGAAACAGUUCAAAUUGAAACUGAAAAGGUAGCUUCAACACCACAAACACCAAAUAAAAAUGAUGAUGAGCCGAAUAAUAAAAAACCACCGAUGUUUCCAUGUUAUUUAUGCGGAAGAUUAUUCAGCGUUAAUUCGAUUUACAUUCACGAACCGCAAUGUUUAAAAAAAUGGAAAGUUGAAAACGACAAGUUACCACCGUUUAAAAGAAAACCCGUUCCUGUAAAACCAGAUAUAAAGUUUACACCAUCUGGUGGUGUUGAUUUUGUGGGAACAUUCCACCGGAUUUGGGAUAAUCAUUUAGCGGAAUUGGUCGAGUGCAGAAAAUGCGGACGAAAAUUCUUUCCCGAUCGCAUCGAGAAACACGAAGCCGUUUGCGCUGGUAUAAAAAUCGCGUUAAAACGAAAACCCGCUAAAUAA